AUGCUGUCAAAUUUUAUUGCUAUUGGUGGUCAACCAAUAGAUCAAAAUGUUGAUCGGGGAUCGUUGUUUGAAAGAUUAUGGGCGCGUAUAUGGGCACAUAAACCAAUGGCAGCUAUGUGUUGUUUAAUACUAGCUAUUGGCUCGAUGGUAACACUUAUUGUCGUAGGUCUUAUACCAUUAUAUCUUCCAACUAAACAAAUAAGCAGCUACGAUAAUAUAACACCAGCAACCUAUGAUCUUGUAUACGGAACGAAUACAAACAUUGAUCAACCUUUAAGUGUCGCUGAUAAACAAGCAUUAGCAGAUAACAUGAUGAAAGCAUUGGAUAUUCAAGGUGUUACUGUUACUUAUGGUGAAUUACUUCCACAUUCGACAGUCACAUCUAAGAGAAAACGUCAAGUACUACGUGGUAAUAAUGUUGUAUGUCAAAAUGAUCCAGGUACAACAGGAAAUAUUUUAACGAUGUCAUUAUCAGUCGCAUAUCCAUCGCAUUGUCCUGUAGAUUGUCAAAAAAAAUACAAUAAUAAUAUUGCCCGUCGUCUUAAUACUACAAACACAAAAUUCAAUUUUCCAGUAACAUUUACAGGUUAUCCACCGAUGAAUUUGGAUAUGAGUCUUUGUGGUACGCAACGAAUUCGUCAAGAUACAAUAACAACAGCACAACCAGGUACACCUGUUGCUGUUAGUAGUCAACCAGCGAUGUGCAGUUGUCAAGGUCAAUUACCUUCUACGUUAACAUUGAAUAAUGUGCAGUUUGAUCCAACAACUGCUAUGUACCAAUGGCAAUCUUCAACAGCUGGUCAAAAUAAUUGGAUCACAAUUGGUACACCGAGUAAAACAUCAUCAUUGAUUUUAAAUGCACAAAAUUACCCUACUGAUUAUCGAUGUCAAAUUCUUUUUCAAAAUUCAGUAUCGACAAAUUUAAUAUCAACAAUAGUUACUAUCAAGAAUGCAUAUUGUCCACCAAUACCAACAAAUUGUGCUUCUGGUAAUAAUCUCAAUAAUUUUAUAUUAAGUGGUGAAUUUACAAAUCAAAUUAACGAUGCAAAUACGGAUUGUGCAUCUAAUGCGUAUGAUGAUGAAACAAAACAAAUAAUUAUUUUAUAUGCAAGUCAAACUUAUCAAGGUCAAAUAUCAACUCAAAGUACUAAUGAUAUGUACUAUGCAAUUUGGAUUGAUCUCAAUAAUAAUUAUAUUUUUGAAGAUUCAGAAAAACUUGCCGGAGGAAAAUUAGAUGGAUCAACACUUACCAAUUUUAAUCUUAUCAUUCCAUCAGCUAGUGCUAGUGUUAUAUUAGGUACUCAUCGAAUGCGUGUAACAGUUGUGCCGGAGAAUACUCCAGCAGCUUGUGGUGGAACUGGAGUUAAUGGAGAAACACAUGAUUAUACAGUGAAUUUAGUAGCCAAAUGGACUGGUACACCUACGCCACCAACUGCUAUUACUCAACAACCAUCAACUUGCAGCUGUAGCGGUCAAUUACCAUUUACCUUAUCAUUAUCGAAUACAAACUUCGAUCCAACUAAUGCAAUGUAUUUAUGGCAAUCGUCACCAACCGGUGCAAAUACAUGGAGUAAUUUAGGUACACCUUCGAGUUUAUCGCCAUAUGAAGGAGCUGGACAAGAUUCUCCAUCAGAUUAUCAAUGUCUAAUUCUCAUUCAAAAUCCAACACCAACGAUUAUUACUUCGAUGAUUGUUACUAUUUCUAAUUCUUAUUGUCCAACAUUCGCCAUGAAUUGUAAUCAAAAUAAUAAAAUAGAUAAUUUUAUUCUUCCUGGAGAUUUUGGUUCAAUUAUCAAUGAUCAAGCAACUGGUUGCUCAACAAUUGGCUAUAAAGCUCCUAUUCCAACUACAUUGAUAUUAACUGUAGACAAGAAUUACAUGGCACAAGUAUCAACUGGUGGUGAUAGUACUGGAAUGUUUAUAACAAUAUGGAUCGAUAUAAAUAAUAAUUUUGUUUUCGAAAAUUCAGAAAUUAUAUCAUCAACAAGUUUAAGUGGUGUUAGUCCAGGUCUCAUCACUUUUAAUGUACCUUCAUCGAUGGUGAUGGGUCAAUAUGGUCAACACCGAAUGCGUGUAAUGUUAACUACUAGUAAUCCAGCAAUUUCAUGUGGACAAUUGAAUGGUAUUGGAGAAACUCAUGAUUACAAUAUACAAAUAGUAAAUGCAUGGACUGGUACACCAGCACAACCAACUGCUAUUACUCAACAAUCAUCAACUUGCAGCUGUAGAAAUCAAUUACCUUUUGUCUUAUCAUUAUCGAACACAAACUUCGAUCCAACUAAUGCAAUGUAUUUAUGGCAAUCGUCACCAACCGGUGCAAAUACAUGGAGUAAUUUAGGUACACCUUCGAGUUUAUCGCCAUAUGAAGGAGCUGGACAAGAUUCUCCAUCAGAUUAUCAAUGUCUAAUUCUUAUUCAAAAUCCAACACCAAUGAUUAUUACUUCAGCGAUUGUUACUAUUUCUAGUUCUUAUUGUCCAACAUUCGCUAUGAAUUGUAAUCAAAAUGCUGAAAUAAAUAAUUUUAUUCUUCCUGGAGAUUUUGGUUCAAUUAUCAAUGAUCAAGCAACUGGUUGCUCAACAAAUGGCUAUAAAGCUCCUAAUCCAACUACAUUAGUACUAAUCAUAGACAAGAAUUACGCGGCACAAGUAUCAACUGGUGGUGAUAGUACUGGGAUGUUCAUAACAAUAUGGAUUGAUUUAAAUAAUAAUUUUGUUUUCGAAAAUUCAGAAAUUAUAUCAUCAACAAGUUUAAGUGGUGUUAGCCCAGGUCCCAUCACUGUUAUUGUACCUUCAUCGAUGGUCUCGGGUCAAUUUGGUCAACAUCGAAUGCGUGUAAUGUUAACUACUAUUAAUCCAGCAACUUCAUGUGGGCAAUUGAAUGGUAUUGGAGAAACUCAGGAUUACAAUGUGCAAAUAGUAAAUGCAUGGCCUGGUACACCAGCACAACCAACUACCACUACUGAUCAAUCUGCAACUUGUAGUUGCAACGGUAAAAGACCAUUUACCUUAUCAUUAUCAAAUGUGAACUUCGAUCCAACUAACGCAAUAUAUCUGUGGCAAUUAUCACCAACUGGUAAAAAUACAUGGAAUAAUUUAGGUGGAUCUACGGUUUUACCGACAUAUCAAGGAGCUGGACAAGAUUCUCCAUCAGAUUAUCAAUGUCAAAUUCUUAUUCAGAAUCCAACACCAAUGAUUAUUACUUCAAUGAUUGUUACUAUUUCAAAUACAUAUUGUCCAUCUCUUAACAGCAUCUGUGAUUCUGCGGCUGGUUAUGAUAUGAUUGAUACUUUUACAAUCGUAGGAGUUGCUGAUACUCAAAUCAGUGACGUUGGAACAGGUUGCUCUGCUAAUGGUUACGACAAACGUUUAACCGAGGAAGUGGUUUUACGUAUAAAUAGUCAAUAUUCAAUUAGUUUAUCAACUGGCUAUACGGCAAAGAGUGCUACGGAUCGGGAUUUCUUCGCUAUCUGGAUUGAUUUCAAUAAUGAUUCUAUCUUUAUGGAUCAGGAAAUCGUGGCUAGUGGAAGUUUUGCUGAUACUACUCUUACAACGUUUACUCUCACGAUUCCAUCACUUAGUUCAACAGUUCAAUUGGGUCGAUUUCGAAUGAGAGUAAGCGUAGCUCGAGGUGGUCUACCGAAUGGUUGCCAAGUACGCGUUAAAUUCGGAGAAACACAUGAUUAUAUGGUGCAAGUAACAGAUGGAUGGUAUCUUCUUCCUAGUAUGAACCAUGCACGUUCUGGUCAUACAGCAUCCGUACUAAAAUCUGGUAAUUUGUUAGUCAUUGGUGGAUAUGAUGGAACAAGUGUAUUGAAUACUGCCGAGUCUUUCGAUAUGUCGACAGCUAAAAAAUGGAAGAAUACUGCUAGUAUGCAAGAUGCACGAACAAACCAUACAGCAACCGUAUUAUCAGAUGGUCAAGUAUUAGUAAUUGGUGGAUCUCAAUCUGGUUUGAUUUUAAUAAGUGUCGAAUUGUAUAAUCCAAAAGGUGAUCAGUGGACAACUCGUAGUCCUAUGACCGUACCAAGAACUAUGCAUACAGCAUCUCUAUUAUCAGGCGACAAAAUAUUAGUAACUGGUGGAAUGAGUAAUGGUGUCUUUAUAAAUACUGCCGCGUUGUAUGAUGUAAAGACUGACACGUGGACAGCUGCUAAUGAUAUGAUAUCUAAACGAUUACAACACACAGCAUCUACCAUAUCAUCGAAUAAAGUAUUACUUGCUGGUGGAGAUACACCUGAUACUUCAGGCACUUCUGAGUUGUAUCAGGGAGCAAAUGCCAAAGCAGGUUCAGUGAGCAAUAUGGCUUACGCACGACAAUGGCAUCGAGCAUCUGCAUUCUCAAGUGAUCAAGUAUUAGUAACUGGUGGACGUGUUGAUAGUACUAAUUUAUAUCCACCAGCUGCCGAAUUAUACACUCCAAAAAACAACAAAUGGUCAACUGUUGCUGCAAUGACUGGUGCACGAAUGUCACAUACAGCAACAGUAUUAUUGGAUAAUAUAGUAGUAGCAGCUGGUGGUGAGUCGUCUGGUAUUGCUUUAAGCACUGCUGAAUAUUAUGAUAUGACAAAAAAGACAUGGAAUAGUGCUGGUCACCUGAUAUAUGCACGAUCGAAACAUGCAGAUUUGGUUUUCAACGGUGAAAUAGUGAUAGUGACCGGUGGAAGCAAUGGUGCUAAUAGUUUACAAACUGUAGAGUUAUGGUAUGACGUACUAUCAUUGGCGCCCUAA